UGUUCUCUGCUGUGCUCUGCCAUACGUCGCUGCCGCCGCAGACAUUGAGUCGCCAUUGAAAAUUUGUUGCUUUCAUCGCUGACUGUUAACCAACCGCUCGCCAUUAGUCGCCAUUGUUGCUGGUCGGCCCUAGUUUAAGUAGCAUAUUUCAUCAUCCGUUGCCAACGCCGCCGCCGCCGCCGUCGCCAUAGCAACUAUGUUGGUACCGCCGGAUAUGCUGGCUGCGCAGACGCGCAUGAUUUAUCAGAUGAAUCGCUAUUGCGCGGAGCGUGUUCAGGCGCGUAUGUUCAAAACUGCCACGGCCAUACGGGAAAUAUGCAAAAUCGUUCAAGACGUUUUGAAAGAGGUGGAAUUGCAGGAGCCGCGCUUCAUCUCCAGUCUGGUGGAGUGUAAUGGCAGAUUUGAAGGCGUCCAAGUAGUUUCACCCAACGAAUUCGAAAUCGUCUUAUAUCUUAAUCAGAUGGGCGUUUUCAAUUUCGUCGACGACGGUACAAUGCCCGGCUGUGCUGUGCUUAAGCUCAGCGAUGGCCGCAAACGUUCCAUGUCGCUGUGGGUGGAGUUCAUUACGGCAUCGGGUUACCUAUCUUCGCGCAAGAUACGCUCACGUUUUCAGACAUUGGUGGCACAAGCGUGUGACAAGAGUAUUUAUCGCGACAUGGUUAAGAUGAUCGGUGAUACAACGGAGGUGAAGUUGCGCGUGCGUGAACGUUUUGUGGUACAAAUAACACCGGCAUUCAAAUGCUCGGGCAUAUGGCCACGUUCGGCGGCACAUUGGCCAUUGCCACACAUCCCCUGGCCACAUCCGAAUAUAGUUGCUGAGGUGAAAACCGAAGGUUUCGAUUUGCUAUCCAAAGAAUCCAUUGUUAUGCAGAAUAAGAACAACAAUGCGGCCAUGGAAGGCGAUGCGUGGGUGUUGAGCUUCUUCGAGGCGGAAAAUCGACUGUUGCAAGGUGGCUGCCGUCGUCGUUGUUUAAGUAUUCUCAAAACCUUGCGUGAUCGUCACCUCGAUCUGCCUGGCAAUCCGAUCACCGCAUACCAUCUAAAAAAUCUGCUGCUCUACGAAUGUGAAAAGCAUCCGCGUGACUUUGAAUGGGACGAGGCGUAUAUCGCUGAUCGCAUCAACGGCAUCUUCCUACAGUUGAUCUCAUGUCUACAAUAUCGACGAUGUCCACACUAUUUUCUACCGGCACUAAACAUGUUCAAAGGCAAAUCGCCCAGUUCGCUGGAGCAGGCGGCCAAACAGGUUUGGCGUUUGACGCGCGAAAUGUUAACCAAUGCAAAUGCAUUUGAAAAACUCUAAAAGCAACAACAUAG